AUGGCAGAUUUUGAUAAUAAAGCUGCUGUAGUGGGAGAACAGUUCGACUUUAGUAUCAUGAAUGAGGAUUCUUUGCAAACCAGCUUUCACAUUAAGACAACAAGUUGUUCAGGAGGAGCUCUGCGUGAAAGGAUUUCAGCUAGAUCCGGGUUUAAUGCACCGAGUUUAAACACUGAAGAUAUUCUUCAGUCGACAUGUUUAACCAUCUCUUCUCCUGGUCUUAGUCCUGCAACACUGUUAGAGUCUCCUGUUUUCCUCUCAAACCCAUUGCCAUCUCCAACAACUGGGAAACUCUCAUCUCUACCUUCGGAUAAGGCUAAGGAUGAGUUAUUCGAUGAAAUUACCACAUCCUUGGCCUUCCAAUCCAUUUCAGGAAGUAGCCUUGAUCCUACAAACAUCGCUUUGGAACCCGAUAAGUCCCAAGACUAUGAGCAACGACAGGUACUAGGCGGUUUAGGAGACUCGAUGGCUAGUGGUGCACCUGCAGAAGAUGGAUACAACUGGAGAAAAUACGGACAGAAACUAGUCAAAGGAAGUGAGUAUCCACGGAGUUAUUACAAGUGCACGCACCCAAAUUGCGAGGUCAAGAAGAAGGUUGAAAGGUCUCGGGAGGGUCAUAUUAUAGAAAUCAUAUACGCAGGAUCUCAUAAUCACACAAAACCUCCACCUAACCGCCGCUCAGGGAUUGCAUCAUCCGGUACGGGGAUGGACAUGCAAGUAGAUGGAACCGAACAAGAAGGUUUUGCUGGAACCAAUGAGAACUUAGAAUGGACAUCACCUACAUCUGAACUCAAAUAUGGAAGCCAUUCUGGAUCAAUGCAGGUUCAAAGCGGGAUUCAGUUCGGGUUCGGCGAUGCAGCAGCUAAUGCCUUCUUUAGAGAUGAAGAUGAAGAUGAUCGGACGUCCCACAUGAGUGUUUCCUUGAGUUACGACGGAGAAGUAGAUGAGUCCGAGUCAAAGAGAAGGAAACUAGAAGCUUAUCCAGCAGAAAUGAGUGGAUCAACCCGAGCCAGCCGUGAGCCAAGAGUUGUGGUUCAGACCACAAGUGACAUUGACAUCCUCGAUGAUGGUUAUCGAUGGCGCAAGUAUGGGCAAAAAGUUGUCAAAGGAAACCCGAAUCCAAGGAGUUACUAUAAAUGCACAGCUAAUGGAUGUACUGUAACAAAACAUGUCGAGAGAGCUUCUGAUGACUUCAAGAGCGUACUAACAACGUAUAUAGGCAAGCACACCCACGUUGUACCAGCCGCACGCAACAGCAGCCAUGCCGGUUCAGGCACUCCAGGGACUCUCCAAGGUAAUUUAACAACCCAGACCCACAACCACAAUGUGCACUAUCCAGUGCCACACAGUAGAACUGAGGGAUUGGUCAGAGCCAACGCAUCUCUAUUUGACUUCCAGCCACACCUGAGGCCUCCUUCAGGUUUCUCCAUUCCCAGCCUGCCGGCGCCUGACAUUGGUGAUCCAGCUGGCCUUAUGUUGCAGUUAACAGCAGAGCCCAAGGUAGAACCAGUAUCACAACAGGGACUUGGAUUGUCAGCGAGCUCAUUGAUAUACAGAGAGAUAAUGAGUAGAUUACCACAGAUAUGAAACAGAUCUCUUG